GUCAUUCCAAUGUCGCAUCUAUCAUGAUCUGGAUUUACAGCAGACCGAUCUGGAGCUGGAUGGGAUUCACUUUUCUGCCGCACUCUGAACCUUUCGCAGCUUGACUAGCUCGGGGGCUAAGGGGAUUGUGGAAUGACUUGGAGCUUCUUCCACCGACGCCCGCUCUGGACGACGGCAGAUGGCACUCCGAUGGCACUGAAGCCAUCGGUGGGCGGUCCCUAGGAAAAGAUCGAUCGACAGUUCUAGAGUGGGGGAAGACUGCGAGCGAAGGACCGCAGUCUCUAGUCUAGCGUCGCGAGUCCGAGGGAAGGACGGAGUGGGAACGGAGUCCGGGGCGUUGGCGGGGACCACAGGAAUGAUGUGCGCAGGCAGAAAAGUGAAGCCUGCAGAAGAGGAAUUGGAGGGCAGAGGAAGAGGCAGUCACUGGUGCAUUAUGAUCGAAUCACUGUAACGUACUCUGGACACGAGAUGGGCAUUAAAGACAGAGUACGGUAACUCGUGUGAGAAUGGCCCGAAGUUGCCCGAGGCUGCGCGGAGGCUCGCAUGCUUGGAUGUUUCGCAGAGCCACAGCUCAGCUCGUCUGCCAGACUCGGGGCCUUAUCCUUUUCGGUGCUGGGGCCGGUGGUUGCGUUCGAGCUCAUGAACAAGUCUUCCUUUGACUUGGGCCAUUUCAAACAUGGUCAAAUCUCUGGCUGGACAAGAUCGUUGCGAGUGGACAAGGCAUUCUAACUCGAGGGCCCUACGGUUCGGCAGCAGAGACUCGUGUACCGUCGUCACAUGCGCCUCAGCCUCUCUCUUAAACCUCGCUUAUGACACAACCUUCCCCCUCUCUGACUCCAGCAUGACUCCGCUGGAAGACUGUGAUAGCCGAGCUGCGUCGCCCUCUCUCUCGCUCUCUCUCUUUGGCGACUGAUGCGUGUGGCCCUCUUAUUGGAAACGACAUUCUGAGUUCACUUUGGCAGUGUAAAGUUCCUUGUGCGUGUCGUCGUAGUGUAGUCUUUUCUAGCGUCUGGAGUGCGGGCGACGGAGACUGUCUCGUCACCUGAACGCACUAGAGGAGUGCCCGGGGACGUGUCACCGAAGGAAAGAUCGGGGAGGUCCAGGAAUCCAUCAUUGUGAAGGCGGAGUACGAGAUUACGGCUGCACGGGUUUUUCUGCUUUGAGGUCUUUCGGUGCAUGACACUGCUUCCAAGGCUUGUUGUUUAUUUAAUAUACAAGUUCUGCCCCCCGGCACUAGCUUAAAAUCCUCCAUGCGUUGAGCCUGCGUCAGGCGCACUAGAAUCACGGAUUCGGUCGGAACACUCAUGCACAGAAUGUUGCUCCCGCAACUGCUUUGCAGCUAUGGCUUGCACACCUUGGUGUUUAGAGAUUGAGCAGGUGACAGGUCGACCUCUGUGUGAUUCCGAGAUCACUGAUGUGCAUUUUCACACAUUCUUGGGAUACAAGUUGGAAAACUGGCUGGGAGGAUUGAGAUUCGGCCUCUAGUUUUGGGAAGGAUCUUUGACUUCGUCAGUGGAAAGCAGGAGCUGCACAGAAAUUCAGAUACUGUAGUUUCAGAUUGCGGUGGGGUUUUGAAUUCAUGGUAGGAAGUAGGCUUCAGGAAUUCUUGCGAAACAGAAACUUUGAAGGACGGGUUUUUGAGGAGCUCGAGCUUAGGCGUAUGUGCUCGCUCGAAUCAAAUUGUAGAUUAGUACCUGCAUAACCAUUCGUGAAGGAGCCUGGACUUGUUCAUCUCGCCUGGCGUAAGGGCUGUACUCUUGAUCAUUCGGAAUAAAUAGAGCACUGUUACAUAUUACAGCGAUCGACGGUGAAUGUAGAUCAGGAACAUUUGUUAAUCAGAAAUUCAGGGAGGAAAUUUUGAUAACUAUGGCAAGAUCCAGGUGCACAGCUGGACUUGUGCUGGUGCUGGCAAUCACAGCGGCAACGCUGUCCCUCACCUUCUGUUCCCUAGAAGAAGGAGUCGCACUUCAUAAUAUGAUGACAAAGUGGAAUGUGAAUAUACCGAGUUGGACUCCUGGUAGUGAUCCCUGCGACGGCUGGGAGCUUAUUCUUUGUACAAACGGACGUGUGACAAGCUUGAAUUUGACGUUGGCUGGAAUCUCUGGAGAGUUACCGGAAGAAAUAGGUGUGCUAACCGAAUUGGAGACUUUGGAUCUCAGUGAAAACGAUUUCCGGGGUUCAUUUCCGGAUAGUCUGGCAAAUUGUCAGAAAUUACGAGUCUUAGAUGUACAAGAGUGUAAUUGGAAUGUACCUUUCCCUUCGGUGUUUUUAAAACUGUCCAAUUUGGAAUAUCUGUCUGCAGCUAGUUCAGGACUAUCUGGACGCUUACCGGAAGAGUUUUACGCCAUGAAAUCUCUUAAAUACAUAUACUUGGGAAAUAACACCCAGCUCACUGGAAAUCUUGAAAGCUUCACUCUUAUGUCUAACUUAGUCAAUCUGACAGUUUGGAGUAUCAAAUUCGACGAUUAUGUACUUCCUGAAAAACUUUCAACGCUGAAAAACCUGCAAUACUUUAACUGUCAUGAUUGCAAUCUCCAUGGCGGUCUUCCAGAAAGCUAUGGCGAUUUAACAAAUCUUAUCGAAUUCAACGUGCGCCGGAACUAUUUGACGGGAGGCAUUCCUGAGAGUUUUAAGAAGCUUACUAAAAUGGAAAACUUCCGCGUGGAUACAAACUCUUUACUGGGUCCUUUUCCGAAUUGGAUGUUCUCCGCAUGGCCAAAACUUUCAAGCUUGUACAUCAGCAGAAACCAGUUUUAUGGGACGCCGUACAAUAUAUCUUACUUGGAAACGAGAUUCAAUCUCACAAGCAGAUUCAAAAUAUUGCGCUGGGAUUGCAACUACCUGGAAGGAAACCAACCAUGUGGUAACGCAGGCGGAAACAACUGCAGUAUCGAGACAGUGGCGAACACAGUCGGUGAGGUUGUUGAGAUACUAAAAUUCGCUUUCAAUCCCAAUUGUUACGACGACGUCCCAACCGACAUCAUAUCUCAAGUGGGGUACUGUAAUGCCCACACACUUACUUGUGAUGCGUUCUAUAACGAGGUUGUAAACCAAAAGGUUUGUCCAGCCUGCCCAUCUUCACAAACACUUGCAGCUGGAUCAACCGUCGACAGCGGGUGUCUUUGUCACGCCAAAGGAUCUGAUUCCGGAUCAGGGUUCCCUGUGAACGCAGUAGUGGGCUUGGUGGUUGGACUCUCGUCGCUGUUUAUUAUCAUUCUGGGGCUUGUCAUCUGGAAGCGAAGAAAGCACUUCUCGUUUUUCGACAUCUUCAGCAACAAAGAGGACGCUUUUGAUGAGGAGUGGGAGAUGCCUGCGUCCGUUCACAGAUUCUCUGUCGAAGAACUUGCAAGAAUCACGGAAGACUUCAAUGACAGCCAUAUUAUCGGCCACGGAGGUUUUGGAAAAGUGUACGCCGGAACUUUGGAUGAUGGGCGCAUGGUUGCAAUCAAGCGUGCCUCUGCAGGCAGCCUGCAAGGAGUGAAGGAGUUUCGAAACGAAGUCACUCUCCUCAGUAGACUGCAUCAUCGCCAUCUUGUUCGGCUAGAGGGAUUUUGUGCUGAGAAAGAAUUUCAGGUUCUUGUUUACGAGUUCAUGAAGAAAGGAAAUCUGGCAACUCAUCUUUAUGGAGAUCAUGCUAAGUUUGGAGAGAAAACAAAACUUGGCUCCCCUUUACCAUGGUACAAGCGACUGGAAAUAGCUUACGGAGUUGCCCAGGGUCUAGAAUAUCUUCACUCUUUUGCGGAUCCUCCAGUUAUCCAUCGUGACGUGAAGCCUUCGAACAUUCUUCUAGACGAGCAUAUGAUGGCAAAGCUAGCCGACUUCGGCAUCUCAAAAGAAUCUCCUGAGCUCGACACACAUAUCUCUACCCGUCCGGCCGGCACUGCAGGGUAUCUUGAUCCUGAGUACUUUUUGAGACGACAGCUCACAACAGCCAGUGAUGUCUACGCAUACGGCGUCGUGUUGCUAGAGCUUGUCACGGGACAGGUAGCCAUCGACCAUACGAGAGACGACGAGUAUAACUUGGUAGAGUGGGCAAAGAAAAGGUUCAGAACUGCAGGCAUUAUAUCAAUAAUCGAUCCCAGCAUUGCAGAUGACUACUCCAAAGACGCAUUUACACAAAUCACCGAGUUGGCUCUUAGGUGUUCCUCGUUUUCGAAGAACGAGAGGCCGACCAUGAAGGAGGUGUUAGCGAUCCUGGACCCCAUGACAGCAAACUAUGAUCUGGGUUAUUUUUUUGAGGAAAAAUAGGGAGGUGAUAGAAGCUUUGGACCCGCUUAUUGUUCCCAAGUCUACAAAAUCGUCAUCUAGUAGGACGGAAUCUUCUUCAUUCACUGAAAAGGAUUGGCUCCUGGCUAAAAAGGAUUUGUUCCGCAAGCUUCACGUCACCCUUGACAGCACCAAGUACAGCUCGGACUCGAGUCUGCCCAGCACGGGCUCCGAUGUCGCACGAACUUUCAACGUCAUGGACAUGUCUCAAGAUUUCGCACCCAGGUGAUUUUGAGAUGAGCUGCCUGGCCUUUUAUACAUGGCAUCGGAGUGUCUGACGGCGAGAAGAUAUGCCGGGCCUUCCUGAUCAUUUCGGGUACCAUUUUUGUAGAAGCAUGUACAGUAGCAAAGGUUGGAAAUAAUGUUGAGCCGAUUCAUUUGUGUUUGUGUUCGUAGAGGCUGAGAUCCUGAACUUUGUCUCAAGAUUGCUCUGGCAGCAUCAAGCAAAUCAGAUAAGAACUCCUCAGCUGCGUGCCCACUGAUAUUUCACUUCUAGUAACUUUUAUGGGCCACGUAGCUAUUUACACAUUUCAUUGUACAAUAGGACUUUUGUGUCGAUCAUUGAUUAUCAAUCAUACAGGGCUCCAAGAUUCUUACUGCCAGGCUCCCUCAGAGGUGAAUGUGGAAGACAUUCAAUCGUUCAUCUUUUUACUGCAGUGCACUCAGAUCUCUUGAGAAACGUUGAGGAAAUGGUGUUCUGAUUUGAGAUUAGUACCUAUGACGUAUGAUUAUGAGUGUGUCGCAUUAUAUUCAACUUUGCAUCCUAGAGUUAUUACAAUUCUAUCUACAAGGGAGGCAGCUUCUCAUCUGAAGGUCAGGUCAAAUAUGGCUCAGAAGCAGCGUGAUGGUGAGAACUGUGUCGUGAUGUUACUAACGAUGAGCUGAAACCACCCAAAUCGCGGUGCCUGCCUGAGUAGGAGGUCUUUGGCCAAACAUUUGCACUCCUGACAUUAUCCGAUCCAGCGUAUUUCGGCUGUGCUUUAUAAUAUUCUGAGCUCAGUGUUAUCCAAAUGGUCGACUCCACUCCCGGACAACACCUGUCUGUGUUUUGGUUCUGAAUAUUGUGGCAGGGGAACUCGCGUGUGCAGUCAACAAGGAACAUGCUAAGUGUGCGUGAUCGUGAACAGGUCGAGAUCUAGUCAUCGUUGACGGAGAUAGGAAAGGCCCAAUGAUGGCCCACUUCAUUUGCGAUUGUUCAAUUAGGAAAAGAGGCCCGUAGGCAGGGGAAGCCCACGCGAUCUGAAGCGGAAUGAGUCAAUGAUGAUCUGGCGGGUACUCGGAGUAGACGAGUAGACGUGGUGGGGAACGAGGACAAAUGUAAACACAAAUGGCUCGCUUUAUCUAAAAGCUCCAAGACGCCGCUACUGCGAAACAACGAAUGGCGGUGAAAGUGUUGGGUGCCUUUCGGUCCAGAAGCAUGAGUUUACCUCUUCAGCUUUUCACAAGAUUCUAUCCCACCUACCCUCACGUAUUGCUCUGCAAUAAAUACGACGAUUGCUUGUAAAACGUCAAUAAUAUAGUCAAUCGAGACAAUGGCAAUAAGGUUUCGGCCAGAAAUAUCACACUUACUGACGCGUUUCUCUAAUGUUGGAAAGAUCACUGA